GGCAGCGCUAUAAGUGAUAGAAAUUAGAGUAAAAAAUAUGAAACGCAGACUUUAAAUACGUACAGACUGUACGUAUAAUAUAUUUUUCUGCCUGUUGUUCUGAAAUACCGACACUCUCAAAAAUGCCCCGAUAAAUUAACGGAUUCUAUUUGAAUCGAACGGUUAACAACUGAACUAUAUAAGACUGCAAUAUGAAAAAUGUGUGCUUGGGAAGUCAAGUUUUACAGUGUUGCCGACUCUAAGAAUUAUAUCGUUGUCGAGUUUGGAGAGUAAUAUAAAUACUACUUCCAUCGUUUAAAUGUGCAAAUGCGCGCGCAGGAGAUAAUCGUGCCGGAAUUACAGAGCGAUGUAACCUAGCUGUCCUUAUGGCAGAGCCUACGUAGCAUAUGACACAUUUCUCGUGGAACUAAUUGUUUAAUUGUGUUCGCUAAUCGGAAGGAAAUCAAAAGGCAAGAAAAAUGACAGCAGACAAUUUAGAUAUUGAUAGAUUAACAUUAAAUGGAACUGCAGAUGACGAAGAUAUUGUUACACCCUGGGAUGUUGAAUCUAAGAAUGAAAGCGGAAUUGACUAUGACAAGCUAAUUAAAAAGUUUGGAAGCUCAAAAAUUGAUGAAGAACUGUUAGGCAGAUUUGAAAAGAUCACUGGGAAAAAACCACAUCAUUUUCUUAGGAGAGGAAUAUUUUUUUCUCACAGAGAUAUGCAUACUGUUUUAAAUUUAUAUGAACAAGGGAAACCUUUUUAUCUAUAUACUGGCAGAGGACCUAGCUCAGACUCUAUGCACCUUGGACAUCUUAUACCAUUUAUGUUUUGCAAAUGGUUGCAAGAUGCAUUUAAUAUACCAGUAAUUAUACAAUUGAGUGAUGACGAGAAAGCAAUAUGGAAAAAUCUAAAAAUAGAAGAUGCGAUUAAAUUGUCUUACUCUAAUGCAAAAGACAUUAUUGCUCUCGGAUUUAAUCCAGACAAGACAUUCAUUUUUUCUAAUUUAGAACAUAUUGGAAAUAAUCCAGCAUUUUACCAAAAUAUGAUUAAAAUACAAAGAGGCAUUACUUUUAAUCAAGUGAAAGGUAUCUUUGGAUUUGGAGAUAGUGAUCCCAUCGCAAAAAUUGCAUUUCCACCUACUCAAGCAACUCCUGCAAUUUCUAGUACAUUUCCUUUUAUUUUCAAGAAUGCAAAAGUUCAUUGUUUAAUUCCAUGUGCUAUCGAUCAAGAUCCAUAUUUUCGAAUGACAAGAGAUGUUGCACCUAAAAUUGGUUACCCAAAACCAGCUAUGUUGCACUCUGUAUUCUUUCCAGCUUUACAAGGCUCAAAAACAAAAAUGUCAGCCAGUAAUGAUAACAGUGCAAUAUUCUUAACAGACACUGCAAAACAGAUAAAGAACAAAGUCAAUAAACAUGCAUUCUCAGGUGGACAGGCUACUGUUGAAGAACACAGACAAUUAGGAGGCAAUUGUGAAGUUGAUAUAUCAUAUCAAUGGUUAAGAUUUUUCCUAGAGGAUGAUGAAAAAUUAGAACAGCUGAAAAAAGGUUACACUAGUGGAGAAAUUUUAACUGGAGAACUUAAGAAGGAACUAAUUGAAGUUUUGCAAUCUCUAGUAGCUGGACAUCAAGCAGCUAGAAAUAAACUAACAGAUGACAUAGUUAGGAAAUAUAUGAUUCCUAGAGAUCUUGGUUUUGUAACAAAUUCAAAAUAACUGCAUAAUAGUUUUUUCCUAUGUAUAUAAAGCACAAUUUUUCAGAAACUUUUCUUUCAUAAAUUUAUUUAAGUUUAUUUAUUAAAACAAUACGCAAAUAAUUGUCCCAGCAAAAAAUUUAUUUUUCAAAACUUUAUGAUGGUAGAUUAAACUGCUUUUCUAAACUACACGUUUAAUACUUAUAUCUAUAUUCCUUCUUAUUUAAGUGUAAAUAUUGUCAUAAGUUAAAAUUUAUUUAAUUCAUUUUUAUUUUGAACUGAUAUUUAUUGGUUUUUAGUAAAAAUAUAUUCUUUAUUUUUCUAUAAACGUAUAAAAAUAAUAACUGCCUAAACUAGUUAGCCUUUAUCUGGAAAAGUAUAUUGCUUGUUAUUAUUGAUCCUAUUAUACUGUACUUAAUUUUA